AUGCUGCUGGACGCCGGAGCGCAGUACCCGGCCAUUGGAGUGACUACUUUCGGCUCCUCCAGACAUCACUCAACAGGCGAGGUGACGGACAGGGACGUGGCUUUGGGGAUAAAUCCGUUCGCCGACGGCAUGGGCGCCUUCAAGCUGAACCCCAGCUCGCAUGACCUCGGCUCGAGCCAGGCGACGGCGUUCUCGUCUCAGGCGCCCGGAUACGCGGCAGCUGCAGCCGCCUUGGGUCACCCGCACCAUUCGCAUCACCCGCACCACCCGCAUCACCACCACGCGGGCCACGUGGGCUCCUACUCCACGUUCAACUCCACGCGGGACUUCCUAUUCCGCAACCGCGGCUUCGGCGAGGCGGCGGGCGCGCAGCACGGUCUCUUCGCGUCGGCCGCCGCGGCCGCCGCAGCCGCCGGGAGCUUCGCGACACCGCACGCGCCCUCGGACGCGGCGGGCCACCUGCUCUUCCCCGGGCUGCACGAGCAGGCUGCGCCUAACGUGGUCAACGGUCAGAUGCGCCUGGGCUUCUCGGGCGAUGUGUACGGCCGCGCAGCCGCCGAGCAGUACGGCCACGUGGCUGCGAGCCCACGGCCCGAGCACUAUGCGCCCGCGCCUCUCCAUGGCUACGGAACCGUGAACGUGAACGUGGCGGCCGCGCACCACGGCGCCGGCGCCUUCUUCCGCUACAUGCGGCAGCCCAUCAAGCAGGAGCUCAUCUGUAAGUGGGUCGAGCCCGAGCAACUCAGCAGCCCCAAGAAGUCGUGCAACAAGACGUUCAGCACCAUGCACGAGCUCGUUACGCACCUCACCGUGGAGCAUGUCGGUGGACCCGAGCAGAGCAACCACGUCUGCUUCUGGGAGGAGUGCUCGCGGGAGGGCAAGCCCUUCAAGGCCAAAUACAAACUCGUCAACCACAUCCGCGUGCACACGGGAGAAAAGCCUUUCCCGUGUCCGUUCCCCGGCUGUGGCAAAGUGUUCGCGAGAUCAGAAAACCUGAAAAUACACAAGAGGACACACACAGGUGAAAAACCUUUCAAGUGCGAGUUUGACGGCUGUGACAGGCGGUUUGCUAACAGCAGCGACCGAAAGAAACACAUGCACGUCCACACGUCAGAUAAGCCCUAUCUGUGCAAAAUGUGCGACAAAUCCUACACACAUCCCAGCUCCCUCCGGAAACACAUGAAGGUCCACGAGUCGUCGUCCCAGGGCUCCCAGCCUUCUCCAGCAGCCAGCUCAGGCUACGAGUCCUCCACGCCCCCCACCAUCGUCUCUCCGUCCACAGAGAACCAGAGCAGCAGCUCCAUAUCGCCGGCAGCCUCGUCUACGGUGCACCACACGACCACUCACAGCACCCUGUCGUCAAAUUUUAACGAAUGGUACGUGUAAAUAUUUUCAAAAAAAAAAAAAAAAAAUAGAAAAGAGAUGAAAAGAAAGACUGCAGAAUUAAGACUGCUUGGGAAAUCAAAGACUC